AAUGUAAAAAAAACAAUAUUAGUUGUAAAAGUGUGGAGUGUGGGAUUAGAGGAACUAAAUGGCAGUUUUGUGGAGAAAAUCGUGGACAUUAAGCUUGUGGCAGUAAUGCGGCGGGUGUUUGGAGUGUGCUCUGAUGGCUGGGUACUCUGCGGACAGAAUGGCUCGCCGCACGGGUCGGUGAUGUCGUGCCAGUCGCUGGCGGCGCGCGCCUUCGCCGAGCCCGACAAGGACCCCGCGCAGUGCGGCGCCUUCCACAGAUCUGUUCGCUUCAGUUCAGAGUCUCGAAGCUCGACGCGCGUCUCCAAUGAUACGGACAAGCGGGAUACAUCUGGCGGUAUGUCGGUGUCGGCGCUGGGCGUGGCGCCGUUGCCGGCCGCCAUCGCCAUGAGCCAGUCCGCACCGCCGCCUUCCAUCUCCUUCGAUCUUCACGAUGAGAGUCCACCGCCAGUGCCAUCGUGCCGGUUCCCCAAGCUUGAGGAGUGCGCGCAUUUUCACUACGAGCGUGUUUCGCUCGGCGGCCUCAGUAUACAGACUGUGCCCUGCGAGGAACAGUGCGAGGACAACGACCCAAGCGAGGGGUGGAUAUGCCUCCGUGUGAGGUCGCAUGUGAGUGGCGGCGAGCAGGAGAGCGGAGGAGGUGCUGGGGCUGCGGCGGGCGCGGGGGAGCCGCACGGCUGGAGCGAGCCCGCCGGCCUCAGCGAGUGGACCCUCACCCGCAGCAGGGACAACUUCCUGCAGCUGGACGACAUGCUGCACAGAUGCAUUUACGACCGCAAAGUGUCAGGACUGCCAAACCUGUCUGAGGAGGUGGGAGCUGGAUGCGAGGAGACUCGCUACCAGCAGCUGAUCGGUGACUAUGUACACCAUCUGUCCAUCAUCGCGGACGACUCCAUCAACUGCGGGCCCGUACUCAACUGGCUACAGAUGGAUAAUAAGGGGCACAAGUUACUGGUGGCAAAUGAAGAUUCCAGUUCCAUCAACACGCCAGCAGUCGCCGCUGCUUACUCCGUGAGGAAGUAUGUCUCACAGGCUCGCGAUGAGAUCAGCUUUGAAGUGGGCGACAUGAUAUCCAUCAUUGAUAUGCCUGAGGUGUUGGUGUUGUCAGGGCCGCAGGAGUCGGUGUGGUGGCGAGGCAAGCGCGGCUUCCGUGUCGGCUUCUUCCCGCGGCACUGCGUCGCCGUCAUCGGGGACAAGGUGCCGCGGCACAUGACGCAGCCGCCACCUAUCGUUGGGUCAGUAGCGGUGGCGCCCAUCAAGCCGGUGCUGCGCAAGCACGGCAAGCUGAUCUCGCUCUUCCGCAGCUUCAUCCUGUCGCGACCCUCACGGCGCAGCCUCAAGCAGCAGGGCAUCCUCAAGGAGCGCGUCUUCGGCUGCGACCUCGGCGAGCAUCUACUCAACUGCGGACAUGAUGUGCCGCAAGUACUGGCGGAGUGCGCACGCGCAAUCGAGCGGCGUGGUGCAGUAGAUGGGAUCUACCGGCUGUCAGGUGGUGCCGCGUUGACGCAGCGACUACGCGCCGCCUUCGACGCGGCGGGGGACACGCCCCCAGACCUCGCCCCGCCCCUACAGCGUGACCCGCACGCCCUCGCCAGUUUACUCAAGAUGUACUUCCGCGAGCUGCCAAACCCAUUGUGCACGUACCAGCUAUACGAGAGCUUCGUGAGUGCGGUGCAGCAGCCGGAUGAGGCGGCCCGACUGCGCGCCAUGAGGGACACCGUCGUCAAACUACCUCCACCACACUACAGGACUUUAUCUUAUUUGAUGCGUCACUUGCGGCGUGUGUCACUGUUGAGUGCGGCUACAGGUAUGACGGCGCGCAAUAUGGCCAUCGUGUGGGCACCCAAUCUACUGCGCUCGCCCGCACCACAGCAUGCGCUGCAAGGAGUCGCCGUACAGGCCGUGGUAACAGAGUUCCUGAUCUGUUACGCUGAGGAUCUUUUCGCGCAAGACCAAGGAUCUGAUUCCGGACCAGAUUCCUUAGAACAGGAUCGUUGCGAGUCUCAAGUGGAGCUUCGUGGCACUGAGUCCUGCCGCCGACCGAAGAGCCUGCCUCUAAACCCGCCCACAAAGUUGCUGAGCUUAGAGGAGGCUCGGCGGCGAGGGCUGGGCGCGGGCGCAGGACCCAGUGCUCCGCCAGCCUCGGGCGCCAUCGCAGCUGCAGCAGCUGCACCCCUCACCUCGCCUGCACAGGACCGCCAGCUGCGCCCAGCUGGACACCUCAAGCCUAAGUACAUUGAGGUCGGUUCGGGGCCAAAUAAUCUUCCCCAAUACCACACUGUUUUGGAUCUUCCAUUAUCAGGAGGUAAACGAGGUUUAAAGCGGUCUCCUUCGGGCUGGCGUGGUUUGUUCUGGCGCAGCAAGUUGCAGCGUGCGCGUGCACCACCUCAAGGUCCGCCCCCUGCACCGCUACCUCCUCCUGCACAACAGGUGUCAGCAGACGUGGUGAUGUCAGGCAGCUUGCGGCCUGUGAAGUCUUGUGAGUCUCUGGCCUCAGACACUGACACACUGCCGCCGCUCGCAGACCGCGCAACUGCACCUCUCAAACAUCACACCAGGUCAUCGUCGUGCGACUCGUACUUCGAGCCGUGGCAGGCGGAGCUGGCGCACAUGCGUCUGCGUCUCUCGCCGCAGGAGCGAGACCGACACAUGUUCAGUGAGGAGGACGACACGCAACAACACCAGCACAACGCACAGGAGUCUGCGUGGUCGACUCCCGCGGACUCUGGACCGUGCAGUGCAGCAGCCAGCCCACGUCGCUCACUCAGAGUUGAUGUACACGUCGCUAAUGACAUGGCUGAGAGACGUCGUGCUGCAAUGGAGGAGCAAGUGGCGCAGAUGGGCUACAUAGAUGGAGAGUCUCCGCGAGCUAAACCAGCACCGGAGAAGAGACAUGGCACCGCUGAUCCUGACCCAGCUAAGAGGAUUUGUAAGGACCGGGACAGUCCGUUGUCAACUCUACCAGAUUUCCAGUCUCCGAGCAAUGUGAAACUCAGAGAACGGAACUCGCCCCGGAAAAGUAAAGCCGCAUCUCGCUACAGCGGCCUUCACCAUCCCGUACUUGUCGACCCUGAUAACACCCGUCUCACAUGGCACGGCAAAGACGGACAUUCCACUCUCAUAAAGAUCGACUGGCCCUUGGAGAACUCUUCCGUCAGCAACCUCACCACCAGCACCAUCAACUCUAGUCCUCUCACACCUGUCACACCACUCUACGACCCGCUAGAGAGCGACUCCGAGCUCAGCGACAACAAACACACUAUUCAAAUCAAGACGGUGGAUUGUGAGAGUUGCGACCGCGAGAAGUGUCUCAAGUGUGAACUGAAGGCCACCGACUAUGAGAACAUGCGUCUGAGCCAUGAGUUGUCUGAGGGCACCCUCCGCGACAGCACCCAGCACAGCCCCGCGCACUCCGCGCACUCCCCUCACUCCCUGCACUCCGCUGACAUCAGCUACCACAACCUCAACCGACUGUCCGCACUCUCCGCCUCCUCCAACUCCGACCACACCGACAGGAGACGAGACCAAGACGCUCUUAAAGUGAUGACCUCCUCCCACGACAGCUCCUCCAGCUACUCCAACGCCAGUCUGCCGCGACCCUCCGACGACCUGUACGAGUGCUUCAACUUCUCCCGCCCCAAUUACAUCAAUCUCCAGUCCUCCAGCACCUCGAAAAGUUCCCCCGGCUCCCCCCUGAAGAGUCCUCUCAAGUCCACUAUAAGCAUCACAUUCCGCUCCCCCACGAAGUCAAAGUCGUCGGACUAUGAGCCCAUAGACAAUAUAGACACUCCAACAAAUGAUAGGGAUUCCGUGUACGAGGACAUAGACUUGGAGAAGAACUUGUCUAUAGUGGAGGAGGCGCCGGUGCCAGAGAUGGACGCCAGCCUGCCCACGCAGCAGGCCUGUCAGCCGGACUGCAGCGAGGACCUCAUCAUCCUGGAGACGCCCACCGACACCACCCACAUUGACGAUAACGUCGACGUCUACAGUCAGGUUAAGUUCUUUAGGAAGAGCAUAGAAGAAGUCAACGCCAUGAUCCUCGAGUCUCCCGAAAAGGACACCCACGAUAAAAUUGCUGAGGAAACUAAUGCUAUGAUGUUGGAGUCUCCCGAAGUACAGAGGCAUUACGAAAACGUUGUGUUUAUAGAAUCGAGGGAUAGAGAAUAUGAAAAUAUUAACGUGGAUACUCUCAAAAUCUGUGAUAAAUUAGAUAUAAGCGAAGUCAACGAACACAAAUCUGAUCCCGAACAAGAAACUUUAGAAUUUGACAACGGCAAUGUUAUUAAACAUAAAACUGUAUCAAAGAAUCUCAACGUACGAGAACUAGCAAUACGUUUCGAAAGUCCAACUGAACAGAAAGGACCUUUCAAUUUUGAUAAAUUCAAAACUGAAAUCAAAUAUCCUAGUUUGGAGCGUAAAGACGAUGAUAAAUGUGAAUCUAGAAAGAAAGAGGUCACAGUGAAAUUGCCACCUCCUGUUUCACCAAAAACGUAUAAAUUAUCGAAGAAUUCUGCACGUUCAUUGGACGAGAACGCAUUCGUAAAGGAAUUUGGAAACGAAACCAAUGAUAGACGGAAGAGUCUAGAAGUAAAAGAGGCUAGCAAACAGACAAAUAAUCUUCCAGAUUUAAAUCUCAAUACGGAGGAAGCUGAGACAAAACCUGACAGUAUAACACCGACAACGGAGAACAAGAUCUCUAUAGUACAAAGAUUUGAACUAAAGAAGCCAGAUUUAAGGAAUCUCAUAGAUAUCGAAACAGAGAAGAAUUUGAGCCGAGAAAGGAUAGAAAAAUACAAAGAGGAGCGCAGAAACUUUUUACGUGAAAAAUAUAGUUCACAAUCAUUCCGAAGUAAUCCGGAACAAUUGACUAGGAUCAAAAUAAAAAAAGAUCCAGAAGAAAGAACGGAGAUGUGCGAAAGAUUACAAGACGAUUUGCCUAAAUUUGAACGUAGGAAUACAGUUGAUCUAGGUCAGAGGAUGAGAUUUUCCUUAGCAAAGAGCAGUAACAAUUUAGAUACAAUACAAUCACCUGAAAGUCCAAUACAAGAUCUGGAUACUACUAAUUUAGAAUUUUCUAGAAAAGAAGAUAAUAAAAGGGACGUCCGUCGAGAUGAAAGGAAGGAAAAAAUGUCACCGUCAUUCAACAUACGAGACAUGGCCGCAUUAUUCGAACAGAAGUCGCAUAACAGUAAUGGUUGACAUGAAAUAUACAACAAAUAUAAUGUUUACAACACAUUUGAAAUAUAAAUAGCUAGAAAUAUCACACAUAUGUCUAAAAAAAACUCUUCAAAGUAACAUCAUAUUAUAACCAUCUCUGUCACUAUCCUAAUAAUAGAGAUAACAGUGUGACGUCAUCAGUGAGACUAGUUUACUAUUGGGACCAUAUUUACAGGUUUCAAAUUAGCUCGAACUUAUAUAUAAAACUACCUUUUACCCGCGACUCCGUCCGCGCGGAAUAAAAAAUAGAAA